AUGGCAGCAGAUGAAUAUAUUAGUAUCAAUCACACUCUAAUCGAUGAUAAUGUUGAGCUGACUGAUGAUGAUAUAGUUGCAAGUAUCCGGCUACCAGAGACUAAAGACCAGUACAAUUCCGAUGAGAAAAACCUUCCUGUUAUUUCACCGAUUAAAGUAUUGAAGUCUCUGGAACAUGUGCUUAUGUUUUUACGAAACCUCCCAGAUGACUUGAAAUUGAAGAAAAAAGCAU